UCAGCGCCGAGGGUCCACGGCCAUAUAAACUCCUCCGUCGAGCUCAACACAGAGCAGAAAACCAGAAGGAAUCGAAGAAAAGAGAGAUGUUAGGAAUGGAGGAACCAAUUUUACUGCUGAAAUUACUCAACGGCGGCGAUUCGCUGCCGUUGGAUGAACUCAUCUCGGAAUUCAAGUCCAAAGUCCAGCCUUCUCGCAUCUUCGCCUUCUGCUCCUCUGUCGCCAUUUUACUCACCGAGAGUAAAGUGUUAAGACCAACACAGCGUCUGGUUGGAUUUGCAAUUCUCCACCAGGCAUAUUCUUUCCAGCAGCCUAGUUCUAACCCGUUCAGUUUUGUGCUUGUGAAUGCAGCAUCCAAUGAAGGAGCUGAAAAAUUUGAAAGAGGUUUUAUUCUUCAAUUGUUAGGCUCCGCCAACUCCACGAAUAAAGCAGAGGUCCUGAAAUUGUCUGUUGCAGAUUACAUGAGAAACUUUGUUCCUUCAUCACAUACUUUUCCUCCUAGUGAGCAGCUACAGCAGCAGUAUUGUAGUAAAGUUGGCCCAGUAUUAUUUGGUAGCUUGUUCAGGAAUCGUGUGAUAAAUAUCUUGCCAGAUCCCGAUGUUCCACUGGGCUGUGAUCCCAAUUCGACAGAGCUUGACCUGCAACCUGGAGUCACACCCAAGACUGGAUCUGGGGAUAGGGAUGAGACCAUAAGUGGAUUGCUGCAAAAUUUAUCAUUGGAAGGAUUAGGUCCUCAAUGGAUCAGACCACAACCACCGAGGCUACCAGUGCUAGAUGGAGAACUGGUGUGGUUAAAUCCGGAUAAUACUCAUGAGCUGAUGUGGGAUCAUGGUAUGUGUGCUGACACUAGCAGAGGAGCAGCUGUUAGGGAUUUGAUUGCAAAAGCUUUGAAAGGGCCACUUGCACCUGCUCAACGGGAGCAAGUCUUAUUGGAGUUGGCCAAUGAUCCAAAGCUUGUAUAUCACUGUGGGCUGACACCAAGAAAGCUGCCAGAACUUGUGGAGAAUAAUCCUAUCAUUGCAGUUGAAGUUCUUGUUAAGCUUGCAAAUUCACCUGAAAUUGAAGAGUAUUUCACUGUUCUUGUCAAUAUGGAUAUGAGCCUUCAUUCAAUGGAAGUGGUUAACAGGCUUACUACAGCUGUCGAACUACCGACUGAAUUCAUUCAUUUGUAUAUAACGAACUGUAUAUCUUCCUGUGAGAACGCCAAGGACAAGUACAUGCAGAAUAGACUUGUCAGACUUGUGUGUGUCUUCCUGCAGAGCCUGAUCCGGAAUAAAAUAAUCAAUGUUCAGGAUCUAUUCAUUGAAGUCCAAGCCUUUUGUAUAGAGUUUUCAAGGAUAAGAGAAGCAGCUGGGUUGUUUAGGCUCCUUAAAAGCUUAGAAUAAGAUAGUCUAGUUUAACUUAGUUCUCCUUCCCUUUCGUCGUGUAAGAAAUCUUGAUGUUAUCCAUUUUCCUCGAGCAAACCAAUUUUUUUCCCCCUUCCUGCCAUGUUGUUGUGAUGUUCUAUUUUGAGGAUAGCAUCGUGACUUGUAAUGUAGUUGGAUUUUUUCCCCUUUUGGUUGCUUAAUCUUUUCCAGUGUUUUCAUGACCCAGCAACUGAAUGGGAAAAAUUAGGUAUACCUAUAUAUUGAUGUGGAAUUUCUACUUUGUGAUUG